CCUGAUGAUGCUUGGUUUUUUUUUUUGUUUUUGUUUUGUUUUUGAUGAUGCUUAAGCACCCUGAUCUGUGGCUUUUUGCUGUGGCCGCCGAGUGGGCUAAUCCACCCACCAUUACAGCAGAGCGGGCAGGAGUAGUCACGGAGCUGGAGCGCACGGAGUAGGGGUCAGGGGGAGACGUUUAACGUCCAGCCAACAGGUGUCCGAUGCUAUCACUAGACCAGGGAAGUGGUGAGCUGCCUGUCUCGAGGGAUGAACCAGCAGAACUGGAAGGGGGUGGAUCACUGUGCCGUGGAAAGAUUAAGGACCAGGGUGGGCUCAAUGAGCCGUGGGCGUCUGUCCCCCUUGGGAUUAGCACCGCUGGGUCUCUGUCAGCAUUCGUGACACACGGCUGGGAGCUGCUUCCCCUGGUGAUAUCCAGUUGUGCCCGAGUGGGGGCCGGCCAUCAGCUCACCGACCAACAUCAGAGAGCAUCCCCCAGCCUGGCUGAGCCUGUCACCUGCAGCAGCCCCACGAUGAAUCUUGCAGGACUGGGGAGAACCCCUGGAGGCCGAGGAGCUGAGGAGAUGAGUCGAUGAGCAGGAACGUGUCUUCAGAAAGAAGCGAGCUCUCCACCUGUUGUGAUGUUCGCUCUCAACGCCUUUCAAAGGGCCAGUGGAUUCUGCCCCCAAACCUGUCCGACCAGUUGUUUGGGAAGAGGGGGCACCUGGGAGGAGCUUCAGGAGGUACCGGAGGCAAGCUCUCCAGUCCCCCGGCAGACAGCACAGCGGAAGCUCUGGGACGCUGCAGACAGACGGACGGUCAGACACUUGGCCUGGCCAUGGGGCUCGGUGGGGGACAGUAUCGGCUGCCGGUGCCACUGUGGCUGCUGUUGACCUGCCUCCAGCAGGGGACAGGCCUGGAGCGCAUCAGCUACGUGCCCCAGCUCUCCAGCCCCACCCUGGCAGGGACGCUCACCCAGUCUACCUUCACGCUGGAGCAGCCAAGGGGCCAGUUCAGUCGCCUCAACAUCUCCGACUUGGACACCAUCUGGCUGGUGGUGGCCCACAGCAACGCCACCCAGAACUUCGCUGCCCCACAGAGGGUGGAGGACAUCCCAGUCCCGGCUGACUUCAGCCAGAGGGGCUACUAUCUCACGCUGAUGGCCAACCGGUUGCUCUACCCGGGCAACCAGCCUGGCAACCAGCUCCGGGUCCUACGCGUUGGCAAUGAUACCCGCUGCUCCCCUAAGACGAGAGGCUGUAACCACCCCCUGCCGGGCCCGGGCCCCUAUCGAGUGAAGUUCCUGGUGAUGAGUGACAGGGGACCUGUGGCUGAGACAGAAUGGUCCAGCGAGACCCGCCUGCAGCAAGCCAAGGCACUACAGGCUGUCCCAGGACCCCAAAGCGCGGGCACCGUGGUCAUCAUUGCCAUUUUGUCGGUCUUGCUGGCUGUCCUUUUCACUGCCCUCCUUGCUCUGCUUAUCUACACCUGUCAUGACACCUGCAGGAGCGCUCCCAUUUCGGGCCCAGAGCAGUCGACUUGCAUGAGAAGAUACAACACCCACCACGUGACUGACCCCCCAGCCGUGGGGGCCUCAUGAGGGGUCCGCACCUGCCCCUCGGCCUCCUCCCUGGUCCAGGCUGCAGGUCCCGGGCUGGGAGCAUGCCCGGAAGCUUCUGGAGCCCUGGAAGAGAGUGUUUCCAAGUGAGGGUGAGGGGAGAGUGUCCUUAGCCCAAAAUUAGGCCUGUCCCUGUCAGAAAUAAAUGUCCCCAGCAGCCCUGCA